ACCGUGUCCUCAGGCACACAUUACCUGCGGGGGGUGAACAACAACCUGCAGCCGUGGUCCACCGCCGACGGCAGGAAGCAGUUCGGCCUCAAACCAGCCAAUCCCACGGAGGAGGGCCUGGCCAGCCUGCACAGCGUGUUGCUACGGAAACAGCCGUACUUGUGGCGCGCGGCCCUUCUGUACUACACGGUGUACCACGCCACCAGCAUGAGCUUCAGCCGCCUCUUCAGCCACAUCGCCCGCUUCGUCCAGGACCCCGACGUCCGCUGGGAGUACUGUCUGAGAGCCAAGAGGGGACAGACGGACACCUCGCAGCCAGGGUGCUUCAGUAAAGACCAGGUGUAUCUGGACGGGAUCCUCCGGAUCCUCCGAUAUCGAAGGACCAUCGACUUCAAGAUGCUGACUUCUUUGGGCAAGGUGUCUUUUGAAGACGUGGAGAGGCUGCGUCCUCUGGCGGUGCUCCCCCGGACCAGGAUCCCACACUUCAUGCGAGACCCGGAGCGCUACCUGCGCUACCUGGACCACAUCGUCGCCGUCAACGAACUGGACGACUCAACGCUGCAGCACCUGCUGCCCUGACCGCCCUCACACAGCGGGGGGGUACACAGACUGUAACGGGGUGCGUUCCAUACCGUAUAUAAAAACCGCCCAGUAUUAUCGAUGCUUUACUUAUUUUUAGCAAUUUUUGUUUUUGUAAAACUUGAAUGAUACAAACAAAAAGGGACGUACACACUAAAACCUCUUUCUACAUCUCCACUGUUGUUUUGGCCCCGUGCAUGUCCCCCUCCUCGAUCGCCCUUCCUCCUACGAUGAAGUUACCUCAACACCGCGACUCCACCAUGUAACCGACAUAUCUAUGUAGACUCAUAUUCAUAAUCACUGCAUCCUGCGCCUGUACAGGACACUGCUGACACGCCGCGUACAGAAUAAACAUAAUCCCAUGCUUUCUCUAUUAGGGUUGGGUAUCAUGCUAAACGCCUGAACCGUAUAUAGGGAUAGGGAAUUUUACGAUAACUUUGAAUGCACCACGAAGCUUUACCAUCUGUGUUGUUGCUGCUUAACGUCCAGCUGUUGGAGUCCUUUACAGUGACAUACAGACGCCCUUUACACCAUUUAGCCGUCAGCAUUUUUAUUUUUUUAGAUUAUUUCUUGGGCUUUUCCACCGUUAUUUGAUAGAAGAGUUAGGGGAAGACACACAGGAAAUCGUCACAGGUCGGACUCGAACCCUGGACCUCUGCGUCGAGGCAUCUCAGCAUACGUGUGCCUGCUCUACCACUGAGCCAACCCGACCGUGUUUAUUCCUGCUGUUAGCUAACGCUAGGCUAACGUUACCUGCUGUCAAGUGAAGUGUUAACCAGCGUCACGUGGAGCGAUGUUUCUGUUGCCUCUAACGUCCGUUUCAGAGCAAAAGGCAUUUAAUUGGCACCGAAAUGAGGCAAAAAAACGCUUUGCUAUUCGGUGCGGUAGAUACCGGACGCUUAGGCACCGGUGCCGCAUUAGCACCGGGUUUCGGUACCCAACCCUAAUUAUUUAUGCAAUUAUUUGUUUGUUAUUUUUCCUCUUGAGAACAAACUGAAUGUCACUGGUAUUAGCUUUAUAUCUUUUUAUUUUAGACGACAUUGUUUUUAUUGCCUUAGAUUGCAUUUUU